ACUCUAUUCACAAUCACAACAAAGAAACUAAGUAAUCAUACGUUGCCUUGUUUGCCUAAUCUUAAUGCCUUUCUUUUCUCUUGUGUUGUUCAACCUUCUUCUCUCUCUAGACUCUGUCUCUCUUUCUCUUUCUCUCUCUCUCUAAAGCCAUAAUAAUAAUAAUAAUAAUAAUACCUUACCACCAGUCUGAGUCUACCACCACCUCCACCCUCCAUCUUCACCAAAAUAAAUAAAUAAAAAACAAAACUUUAAAAAUAAAAACAAAAGGUGGUGGUAGAUGCAUGAGCCACAAGCCCACAAUCACAAUAUCUUUCUUCUUUCUCUUGUUUGUUAAACUCUUGCCACCUUCUUUCCUUCCUUUAAUUCAAAUUUAUAAUCUUUUUCUUGAUUUUCCUUUGGUCAACUCGCACUUGAGGAGGUAAGCCAACCUUCUCUGCUUUGGAGGUUGGAGCUGAUAUAGGAGAAAGGGGCCUCAACUGUGUGUUGCAUUGCUUAGGAAAACUGGUCACAGUUAUGGUGAGCUUAAGAAGGCGUAAACUCCUGGGACUAUGCUCUGGGAGGAAUUCCUUUCUUACUCCACUUCCCAGGUUUUCUGGCAAUGGAAAGAUUCCUUCAAAUUCUUCAUUGAAUGCCAAAUCGAUCAGUGUGCAUCCCAUAUAUUCGGAUGAGAUAAAGCCACCAAAUGGGAAUACAAGUGUGAAGGGAGAACAUGGUUCAACAAAUGUAUCUGAUUGUGGCUCACUCAAAGAGGACCAUAAUCAGCAAGUUGCAGGGCCGCCAAUCAAACGCAGGAAGCGACACAGGAGAAAGAAUUUUCAGAACCAAGAAUCAUGUUUGAUGAGGGGUGUGUAUUACAAAAAUAUGAAAUGGCAGGCAGCAAUCAAAGUUGACAAGAAACAAAUCCAUUUGGGUACUGUUGGUUCACAAGAAGAGGCUGCUCGCUUGUAUGAUAGGGCUGCUUUCAUGUGUGGAAGGGAGCCAAAUUUCGAGCUUUCAGAGGUUGAGAAAAAGGAGCUGAGUCAAUUCAAAUGGGAAGAAUUUCUAGCCAUGACUCGGCAUGCUAUCACUCACAAAAAGCACAGAAGAAGAGUUGGAACAGAACCCCAGAAGAGCCCCGAGCCUUCGCCAUUACAGAACGACGAUUCAGACAGCAAGAUUGAAGAAAAUGAUCUCUCUGGAUCAGAAGAUGUGGAGGCAGACAUGUCAGUCUCUUGAGAUUUAUUAUUGUUGUUCAAGCACAAAGGCUGAAUCUUCAAGUUCUAACAGUUAAGUUACAAGUUGAUAAUAGGCCUAAUAUUUUUUCUAGUGUAUAAAAAGACCCUUUAUUAGGGUCAGUCUCAUGACAGAUUUUAUAGUUGGUAAAGGAAUUCCCAAUAAAGAAUUCCAUACCAUAUUUUACAUAAUUCAUAUAAUAAUUAUAUUUAUAUAUGUAAUCAUCAUCAGUAUCUCUCCUCUUUUUAGAGGAGCUUAUAGCCUAUAAAUAUUUUUUUCCCAUA